AAAGUAUCUGUGACCAACAGAUGCGUAUCUGUAUUCCCAGUCAUGUGAAAUUUUAUAGAUUAGGGCCUAACGAAUUUAUUUGACUGAUUUCCUUGAACUGUAACUCAGUAAAGUCUUUGAAAUUGUUGCGUUUAUAUUUUUGUCCAGUAUGCAUCUGGUUUAAUUAACUAACCUCUUUGUUUUACCACUUUCACUAAACGCCACAAGAGGUCGAAUUAGCUUGGUUGCUAUGCUACCUCCAGUGUCUAGUCGGUAGUCGAAACAACCCUACUACUUUUUUAGUCGUCUGGCAUUUCUUCAAAGGCGGCGCAUGAUGGGUUGUAUGCAAAACAUGAUGGAAAACAAAUCAUACAAUUGGAAAUGUAUAUGUAAACAACGGAGAGAGGGUAGCUUGUCGGUAUAGAGUCUGGCUUGACAUAAUUGUUUCAAAGGUGCACAUUCUAAAACGAUGCAUUCUCUGUCAAUGGGGCAGGGCUGUAGCAGCUCAGGUGUCCCCUCUGGCUCGGUGGUUCAGGUGUGCUUCCCCAGCUCCCAGGCGUCUGUACUGGACAGCCUGAAUCGCCAGCGCGAGGAGGGCCAGCUCUGUGACCUCUCCAUCCAGGUCCAGGGGAAGGUGUUCAAAGCCCACCGCUGCGUGCUAGCUGCAUCCUCACCCUACUUUCACGACCAGGUGCUCUUGAAGAACAUGUCCACUGUCUCCAUCCCUGCCGUCAUGGACCUGCUGGCGUUCGAGAGUGUCCUGAGCUGCGCCUACACGGGCCAGCUGCGCAUGCUCCGCGAAGACAUCGUCAACUACCUCACCGUGGGCAGCGUGCUGCAGAUGUGGCACAUCGUGGACAAGUGCACAGAGCUCCUCAAAGAGGGGCGGGUGGUGGGUAGCGCAUCCCAGGGGGUCAUUGGAGGAGUGCAGGGGAACCCUAGAUGCAGUAGCAGUGAAAGCUCCCUAGCAGGUGGAAGCAACACCCAGGCAGCCCCUCACCCUCCCAGCCGUCCGUCCCUGAGUGAGAGCCAGUCUCCCAGCAGCACCAACUACUUCAGCCCCAGAGAUGUCAACUCCGGAGGGGGAGCAGCGGCAGCUGGAGCUGCAGGGCAGGAAGGCGUGAAUGCCACUCCCAGCUACUGCACCCCUUCUGGGGCCGAGGAGGCCUUCCUGAUCGAAGAGGAGGAUGAAGAAGAGGAAGAAGAGCUCAUGUACCAUAGGAAGCAAGGGAGCAGCAGGAGGAAACGGACAACCUCUGUCUCGGACCAAGAGGUUGGAGUCAGCGACCGCUUCGGAGUGUCGUCCUACCAAGACGGGGACGCCUCCCCUCUCCAGAAGCGACCCACCUACAGCCAGCCCAGCAUCAUGCCCCGGAAGCAGUGGGUGGUGGUGAAGACGGAGGGACCCCAGGACGAUGACCUGAUUGUGGUGUCAGGGGAGGAAGGGCCAGAUGAGGAAGAGGAGAGAGAGUUGGAAAUGUUGAGGGAGAGGGAGAGGACGUUCAACAUAUCCAACGUCAGGACUCUGUCUGGAGAGUUGAGGAGCAGAGCGGACCAUGAGAUGGAGACACAGAUGGAUUACUGCCAGUCUUCUGAAGACUACCUCAAGUUUGACAGUGGUUUGAUGGACCAGACUCCCCCACAGCACCUUCAUGACAGCGCUGGUCAGAGUGGUGGCAGAGCCGUUUCUGCCCUACUCGGCCAAGUCCAGUCUGCUGCUGCUGCUAGAGCUCAGCUCUUUCCCAUAGACAUGCAAGGCAACCAGAUCCUCAUGUACAGCCAAUCCUCUUUAGACUCCUCUCAACCCAUAGGAAUAGGAGGUGGUAUGGCUGGGGCACCAUUUAAAGGGACAAACUUAGAGCAUGGAGCGGUCCAUUUGUCAGCACAGGGAGGUUUGGGCGGUGGCAUAGAUGGACUGGACGGGGGUGGUGGUGGCGGGGGUUCAGGGAAGGUGUUCAUGUGUCACUGUGGAAAGACCUUCACCCACAAGAGCAUGCGUGACCGCCACAUCAACAUGCACCUGGACCUGCGGCCUUUCAACUGCCCCGUCUGCGCCAAGAAGUUCAAGAUGAAGCACCACCUGACGGAGCACAUGAAGACCCACACGGGGCUCAAGCCCUACGACUGCCACGGCUGCGGCAAGAAGUUCAUGUGGCGCGACAGCUACAUGCGGCACCGCUCCCACUGCGAGGGACGGAGCGGGGCGGCUGGCAGGAGCGAGGAUGGGGGAGUGUCCGACCGCACUGAUGGCGUCUCCCCUCAGCAUCUCCCCCUCUCGGCCAGCGAGGCCGGUCAAGAUGCCGUUGGUGGCAGGACUGGGAUCUCUGUCUUGUCGCCACAUCAUUCCAGUACAGGUAGCAGCAGCAAUGCCGUCUCGUGCCUGACCAUGGUCGGUGCAGGAGCGCGCUUAGGGGUCAACUCUCCAAGCGUGUUGCAGGGUCAAGGUUCUGUGUUUGGUCUGGGGGUCAGCCAAGGUGGGUGUGAGGAGGAAGUGUGUGAGGUUGGUGAUAAUGAUACUAGUGUCACUUGACCAAACGGGUGAACACCAUGUGAGUGUUUUAAGACAAGGGGGCUUUGGAGAGGUAUUCCAAUGACCUCUGGAAAGUGACCCUCUUGGAAAAUGGCUAGGGACCAUUGUACAGUUCAGUGUUCUCUUACAUGUCAAGGUUAUUCUCUGUAUGACUGUUUUGUGGCACAUGCUGUGUCUAAGAAAACCAAAAAUCAAGAGACAAUGACUCCGCAACAACACUUUUGGCAAAAUCUAAACUAGAAAUAGAGGAAAGUUGCUGUUGUAAGUGAUGUGUUCUACAAUAUUCUAAGCUUUGUUCUGCCAGGGAAUGAGUGCAUUUCAAGUAAGUGUCUGUGAAGAAGAGCCUUGCAGUACUGUGGUCUUGUUUCACAGGAUGCCCUUCCACACGGGUGAUGUGUUCACUGUCCAAUUCCAGUGCUAUAGUACAGUAUUACUGUAAAUUUAUCCUAUUAUAUCACUUACUAAUUGCUACCAUUAUGAUAGGUGCAAAACUAUACAGUGUAUAGUGUGUUUACAAGUCAUCCUCAUUAAUAUUGAUCGUAGACAACAAAGCAUCAGUCUGACACUUGGGUUACUUACGGAUCAUUCCUUACUCAAACUGCCAAAUUCCAAUGCAUGCCUUGAGAGACAUUGAGUACUAUUAACAGUAGACUGGCUCAACAAAGCUGUAUCCACCAGGAUUCUGUAUGUUUUUACCAGGGUUUUACCUUCUAUGAAGGUUGUGGCUAUGAUGUUUUUAUUCAGGAGAAAGACUUAGUCUUUGUGUGCUUAUCUGUGUGCUUAUCUGUUAAAUCAUGUGGUAGAAUGUCAUGAUUGCAGCAGUUGAUGAAAUUGCAUUUGAAGUGAGCUUAAACUAAGUGUAUAUAAUGAAAGAUAUUUAUGUUUAGAUUUAUCAAAUAGGGAAUAUUGAACUAUUUAACACUCAUUUAUAUACUUCAUUUGACUGCCUUACUAGAACAUAGUGGGUGUAGGAUCUGAAACUAGACACCCUUGAUUAAAAAAAUGACUGUAUAAAUGUAAAUACUGAGCUAUAUUGUAUGCAAAAGAAAAUUGGAAAUAUUAUUUUAUACAAAUACAAUUUCUCAGAGAAAGAUUUUGUCUUAGAAGUUUUUCUUCUCAGAAACAGAGGUAAAAUGAUUGACAGCCCUUUUUUCAAUACCUCACCUUGUGAGGAUAACAGCACGGAGACUUUUUCUAAAAUGUUUUAUUAGUUGUUGAACACUUUGGGAGGGAUUUUUAGAACAUUCCUCCAUACAAAACUAUUCCACAUCCUUGAUAUCCUUUGUCUGCGCUAAUGGACUGCUCCCUUCAAUUGGGUUUCAAGUCCGGAGACUGAGAAUUGAGCUUGACCCAGUACCAGGACAUUUUGGCCAGGAGGAGGAAACUUUGCCGCGACUGGAUCUUCGAGUGAGACAAUAACCCCAAGCACACAUCAAAAUCCACAAAGAAAUGGUUAAUAGGCCAUUCAACAUUUUGCAAUGGACAUCUGUCUCCAGACAGAAAAGGGAAGUCCAUAAGCGCAGACUAAGGAUCUGGAAAGAUUCUGUAUGAAGGAAUGGUCUAAGAUCCCUCCCAAUGUGUUCUCCAAUCUCAUAAAACAUGUUUAAAAUGGCUCAAUGUUAUUAUCCUCACAAGGUGAGGUAUCAAAAACAGGGGUGUCCAUUUUUACCCCUACCUUUUGAGGGGAAAAAAAUAUUACUAAACAAAAUGUAUUUCUCUUAGCAUUGUUUUAGCAUAUAAUAUAGCUCAGUAUUUGAAAUAUUUUAUACAGUCAUUUUUGCUCAUCAUUAUCAAGGGUGUCAAUUUCAAACCCCACUGUUUAUAGAGAUAAAGUGCUUUUGGUCAAUAGUGAGUUUCGUAUUGACUCCCUCUUAAUACUCAAGUUGGCUGCUGUUUGUGAGAUUGAAAAGGAAUUCCAUGGACUGUUUCAAGACUUUACACUUUGGUUUCAAUAGAGGACUGUUCAAUAACUUGCCUGGCUGCAUUUCAUAGCAUUUACAUCACAUAAUCAAAGGAUUCAACUUCAUGUAACAUCUUUUCAUCAGUUGAUCUUAAAGUCUGUAUUAUUGUAUGACACUUGACAGUAUCCAUUUGUCAUCUUUAUGGCAGGAUAAAUACCUUUUUUUCAUAAAGGGAAAAUUGUGAAGAAAAAUGUAGAAAGCUUGUUGCUACUGUACACUAGGUCUGAAAUAUACUGUUUAACUUCUGAAUAGUCCAUAUUUUGGGUUACAUAUUAUUUUAUAUUAAACACGAUUGUUGUUGCACAUGCGUGUGGAACCGGAGUUGUGCCUAAUGCUUCGAUCACACCUACAGCGUCAUUGCGCAGGAUCUUCUGGAUGUGUGCAACAAAAGUUCACAUUCACCUUCUAUGUCUGUCAAGCCUUCUACGCAUACCAUUUUAUGCGUACGUUUGAUAAAUCCAACGUAUCCACCACAGAACGCACUGCAACUGCCAUGUUGCAAGGCAAACGCAGUGUUCCAUUGGAAAUUAAUGUACUUCUGGUGUACCAAAACACAAUGACGCAGUCGGUGUGAGCGAGGCGCAAGUCUUUCUUAGACAUUGUUACUAUAGGCCAAGUACAUCAAUGUGAUCUUUAUCAAAAGGCUAAAUAAAAUACCUGGUUCCAAUGUGUGAUCUAUGUUACAAAAAAAACAUCACAACUUUUCUUAAAGGCCUUCAUUUGUCUUUAUACAGUCUUGUACUAAACUGGCCCCGCCACAGAUUUUAUGUUGAACGCUCUACAACAAAGCUUUGUGUCCAGCAAGCUUACUCUGCCCUUAACUUUGUUCUGAACACCUCCAAAACAAAGGUCAUGUGGUUCGGUAAGAAGAAUGCCACUCUCCCCACAGGUGUGAUUACUACCUCUGAGGGUUUAGAGCUUGAGGUAGUCACCUCAUACAAGUACUUUGGAGUAUGGCUAGACAGUACACUAUCCUUCUCCCAGCACAUGUCCAAGCUGCAGGCUAAGGUGCAAUCUCUAUCGUAAUUGCUCCUCUUUCACCCCAGCUGCCAAACUAACCCUGAUUCAGAUGACCAUCCUACCCAUGCUAGAUUAGGAAGACGUAAUUUAUAAAUCGUCAGGUAAAGGUGCUCCCGAGGCUAGAUGUUGUUUACCAUUUGGCCAUCCGAUUUGCCACUAAGGCUCCUUAUAGGACACAUCACUGAUGCUUAUUUAUAAAACCCUCUUAAGUCUCACUCCCCUCAGAUACCUACUGCAACCCUCAUCCUCCACAUACAGCACCCGUUCUGCCAGUCACAUUCUGUUAAAUUUGGGUAUGUCAUUUUUGGCAAAAAUGGAAGGGGAAAAAAGGGUUGGAUCUAGGUCCCCAAAGCACACAUCCCAGGGUCGCUCCUCUUUUCAGUUCGCUGCAGCUAGUGACUGCAACGAGAUGCAAAAACCCCAAACUGGACAGUUUUAUCUCAAUCUCUACAUUCAGACUCAGUCAUGGACACUUACUGACUCUUGUGGCUGCUUUGCGUGAUGUGUUUGUACCAAGUGUUGUCAUUUUGCUACCGCGUUGUGUUGUCAUCUUAGGUCUCUAUGUAGCGUUGUGGUGUUUCAUCCUACAUUUUUUUUUAUUCACCAUCCCCACAGGAGGCCUUCUGCCUCUUGGUCGGCCAUCAUUGUAAAUAAGAAUUUGUUCUUAAUUGACUUGCCAAGUUAAAUUAAAUAAAAAGUAAAGUUCA